GAGCAAGGCCAAUUAUCACCAUGUCCGACGAUGGAGAAGAAAAUGAGUUGGAAGACGUCGGGGCGACCCCGUCAGACUUCUUCGAUCACGAGCCUUCGAAACAUGAAAAGAUUGAGAUGAGAAAAGCUAUCAAGCCCCCCUCUGAAUGGUUAAAGUUGCUGUGCAAAGAUUGGGCAGCUGAAAACGAAGUUUUGGUGGAAACUUCUGACGCGAAAUGCUUGGACUACAAGCCGUAUCUAAAGGGUUUACUGACUUCGCAGCUUCUUUGCAGAUUGUCCAUACCUCCGAAAGACGCAGGGAUGGAUGGAAGUUCCUCGCAACCUACGGUAGACUUUUGGCGUAUUCUGGGAAUCGAGGAUGAGUUCGAUAAAAGCUACAUUGUUGCCCAGGUCGAACGGUUUUGCUCGUUGUACAAUAUCCGAGGAGUUCUUGUCGAUGAUUCUGAUAGUUUUGAGGACCUUUCCUCAGCCGAUCCCGCUACCCUGGCAGCUGCGGCCGCUGCUGGCGUCAACCUCUCUGCUGCAAACGGCUUCGUCCCCUUACCAGCAUAUAUGGACCACAAUGCGGCUGCAGCGGCAGCUGCUGCCGCAGCCGCGGCUACAACCGACAUGUCAAAACUAUCUAAGAAGCAAGUCUCAGAGGUGUCGAAGGCUCACCGCCUUGCCAAGGAUGCAGAAAAGGCCUUAGAGAAUGAACGACGUCAGAAUAUGAAAAGAGAACAACGUCGCGUUUCGAUGGAACGAAAGGAGGUCAAGGCCCGUGAACGAGAAGCUCAAGCUGUGCGCAAGGCCGCUGAGCGUGCAUCGCGGGAGGCGUCUCGUGAAGAAAGGAGGCGUAAGAAACUAGAUAUCCGGAUGCAUCGCGAAAAGUUUGCAAAUGAGCAGAAGGAAGCAGCUCUCAAACGGGCGGCGGAGCUUGUCGCGUCCAAUCGCGUCCCAAUUGAGAUUACCCGUGGUGCAGCAGCCGCUAAAGCAGCUGCCAACGCUGCUCUCUCGACCCCAACUAGUCAUCAAGUGCAACAGCAUCAUGACUCUCUUGAUAUGCCAAUAAAAAAAGCUCGUUCUGCCAUCGUCGUAUCAUCAGCUGGUGAUUUGGACUCGAUCGUGACACAUUCCAAAAACCUUUGGGCAAAGUACAAUGCCAUCGCCAAGGAACAUAAUCAGAAAGUAAACUGGAUUACGGUUGCCAAAGAACUUGGCAUCCACGUAAAGGUUCGCGAAAAGUAUGCUCGAAUGCAUUUUCGAGCGGAGCAACGCGGCUUCGACUGGGACAAGAACAGUGAAUGGAAGAUCAAGGAUCACCCUGAGAUAUUCCUUGAACCGACGCAGGCUGAACAGAAGGCAAAGAUGCCUCCUCCGCCGCCUUCCGAAAGUGCGACUGUGUUGAUUGAUGGUACGAAGGAAGUUACCGAUGAAGCGGUUGCGGCAGCAGCGGCUGUAGUGGAUGCGUCUGUAACCUCCCAUCCAGUAGACACGGUAGUGCAAACAACGGAUGAGCAGACUGCCGCAGCCGCUGCCGUUGCGGCGACCUUGGUUGCGGAUCCGAUUGCUGACAUGGUUCCAGAUAUAUCUGAGCAGGUCUAGCUACGAAAUUAGGGGAAACUUUACUCACCAAAAUUUCGAGUGAAAGUGGGAAGCGCGGCAAUUGUUACUACUGCGAGUGACAUAAUAAACUAUGAGAAAAGGAUCAAAAUCGCUU